AUGACAGGCCCAAUUGAAAGGUCCGUCGACGACGCGCUGCUUGCCCGUCUGGGCAAGAAGCAAGUCCUCAAGCGUCGCUUCGGUUUUUGGUCUCUGUUCGGUUUCGCCGUCUGUGAAUUAAUUACCUGGGAAACCGUCCUAGCGCUCUUCAGCCAGGGCUUCGAGAAUGGCGGACCCAGCGGUUUGCUGUACGGCUUCGUGAUCGCCUGGAGUUCAACGCUAUCGGUCUACACGGUCAUCUCGGAGCUCGCCUCCAUGGCACCUAUUGCUGCGGGCCAGUAUUACUGGGUGUAUAUGCUCGCGCCGGAACGAUAUCGUGUGUUUGCCAGCUAUAUCAUCGGCUGGCUGACGUCGAUGGCCUGGAUUGCUACAGUGGCCACCGAGACCCUGUUCGCGGGCACCAUGCUGCAGGGCUUAGCGGUGCUUGACUACCCCAGCUACUCGCCGACACACUGGCAGGCAACAUUGCUUACCUGGGCUGCUGCCUUGUGUUCGACAUUCAUCAACACUGUCAUACCCAGCAUGCUCCCUCGCAUCGAAAUUGGCACGGUGAUAUUCCACAUUGCUGGCUUCAUCUGCAUCAUCGCUGUGCUGUGGCACUACACAGAUCCAUUACACAAUGCCGACUUCGUGUUUCGGUCGAGCUUGAAUGAGGGCAAUUGGCCAACGCAGGGUCUUUCAUAUUGUGUUGGGUUUUUGGGAAAUGUAGCGACAUUUGUCGGCGCAGAUGCCAGUGUUCAUUUGGCAGAGGAGGUGUCAAAUGCGGCGUCAACGAUUCCGAGAGUUAUCACAUGGAGUAUGAUCCUGAAUGGUAUUGUUGGGUUUGUGAUGAUGAUUACGCUGUUGUUUUGCCUGGGAGAUGUCGAUUCUGUUUUGAAUUCGAACACGGGAUUUCCAUUUAUCCAGAUAUUUGCUAACAACGUCCCAUCUACAGCUGGUGCCACAGUUAUGACCGCCAUCGUGUUGAUUCUCACAUGGGCAUGCGCAACCGGCAUCGUCACCUCCUCAUCUCGCAUGACCUGGGCCUUUGCGCGCGACCGUGGCACCCCGUUUUCGCGGUUCAUCAGUAAAGUUGAUCCGCGUACGCAAGUGCCCAUUAUUGCUGUUUGUGUCGUGGUUACUAUUGCCUGUCUGUUGACUCUCAUCAACAUUGGAUCUCCAACCGCAUUCAACGACGUUAUUUCCCUGACCAUCACUGGAUUCUAUGGCAGCUAUCUCGUGCCGGCUAGUCUGCUUCUGUACCAUCGCCUCAAAAAGGGAAAUAUCCUCCCUUAUGGCUCUGUUGUUGACGGACAAGAUAUCGAAUCCUCGUCUUCUCCUGUCGUAUCUGAUGAAAUCGCAUCUGACCCUUCAACUACACUUCCCCCUGACGCGGAGGUCACCGAAAAGCCCAAAAAGGAUCCUACUACCACCGAUCCUUCCUCCUCCAACCCCAUCGAAGUGGUCGAUAACCAGGGCAGAAUCACAUUCGCACCGAACCAGCUUGUCUGGGGACCCUGGCAUAUUCCAGGUUUAUUGGGAAUUAUCAACAAUAUCUAUGCGUGUGUUUACAUGACCUUUGUGAUUUUCUGGUCUUUUUGGCCACCUGCUACGCCCGUAGCAGCAGAUACCAUGAACUACUCUGUCGUUGUCACUGGAGGUGUUAUUAUUUUUAGCAUUAUAUGGUAUUUCAUCCGCGGCAGGAAGGAGUAUAAAGGACCGUUGGUGGACAAGGAGGUCAUUGAGGUUAUUCGUCGUGUGCAUGUUGAAUAA